AUGUCUCUGCGCAACGUCCUCGAUCCAAAGAACACAAAAGUCUCUGUCUCAUCUACCGCACCAGGAUCAUCAAAGAAACAUCUUCUAAACCCCUCGGCCUCAGACGAAGGUCAACCAUGGUCAUCUAACAUCCCUUCCUCUGUUCAUCUCACAUUUGAUACCCCCAUUCGAGCAAGUCACUUCGCCUUGACUUUUCAGGGUGGUUUCGUCUCCACCUCUGUAUCCGUGUGGGUGGCCCGAUCGGAGGACGCUGAGGGUGGAGUGGGACUGGGGUUGAUGAUGGGAGGGAAGGUUUAUCCGGAAGAUAGGAAUAAGAGACAGGUGUUUGAAAUCCCUUUCCCUCCCACGGGUUUAUCACCAACUUCCGAAGAACCCCCCUCAUCCGGUCCAACAAUAACAACAGAAAUUACAGCUGCCGAAGCUAACUCAAGUGCCGUUAAGGCCCAUCCAGAUGGUCAAGGUAUAAUCAAAAACAAACACACAUCAGACGAUCUACCUUAUCUAACCGAACUGAAAUUGGAGUUCGAGAAGAGUUCAGAUCAGUACGGUAGAGUUACACUAUAUUCUAUUGAAGUUUUGAAUGAAUAA